UUGAGCGUAGCACUCGUGAGUUCCAUUUAGAUCCCCGUCAGGAACAGUAACGUAGUUAGCCCGAUUAGAAACGAAAUUGAGCGAAUCGCGUUUAGGUUCAUAAGUAUAAUUUACUUCGAGAGAAAGCAAAUAGGCUUUCUCUUCAGAAUGGAAUGUUUCCGAGUUCCCUUUACUUAAGUCUUUAACAAAAAAAAAUAAGUUUUCGUGAAAAUCGCGUUUUGUACCCCUAGUUAUUGGCAAGAAGUGCCAUUACCGUACCAAGUGCAUCAAACAUACCCAGUGUCAGUGUAAUUAAGAUAGUAUAAGUUUGUAUUCGAGCUACGUUACUUGGACCUUGACCAGUUUGGUGAAUUGUUUCAACAUAACUCGAGGAAACUGCCAGCUUAAAACCCCGGAAAAUAAAUACGUUAUAAAUAAUGUACAGCCGACAGUUCCCAGCUUCCAAAGGCGACCCCCUGUGCCCCCUUGGUUUCCACCCUCAGGUGCGCUGGCCAACCAGGUGCAAGCGAUGCUUCAGAGACUACAAGGAACACGGCGGUCGCGGCCGGGAGCAGUCGGACUCGCUGCGCCGCGACGAGGCGACGUCGUCGUCGCCGAGUCUGAGCAGCUGGGCCACCAGCUCGUCGCCUUCACGCUCUCGUGAUGACAGUCGGAGCAGUACAGAUAGUGGCCUGGGUAGCAGCAGCAGUAGCCGUAGCAGCUGGCUGUCUUCUUCCUCACAGUCCGAGGACUCUUCUAGCAGCAGUAGCAGUGGGUCCUCGUCAAGAUUUGGGACUUCGAGGCCUGCUUCCUCCUGGACAUCAACACCAGAUUUAGGAAAUUUGAAAGAUGACACAACAGCUGAUAUUGCAACAUCAUUCAGUUUCACGUUACCUAGGCGGAAACCACAGCCUCAACCUCAAGAUACUGGGCAAGAUCGAGCAUCAUCAGCAGCAUCGGCCACUUAUUACUUUCGUCGGCACACUAGUGACCUGUCACAUUUAUUAGACCUGAGUAAUCACAGCAGCAGUCCAGCUCCACCUGAACCUGUCAAGCAGCAGAAGCCUACUCCAUCCCCAUCCAGAGCCCAGCAGAAUGAAGAGCGGGAAAACAUCAAUAAACAGAGGAGACUGAAGAUACAGUCACUGAAAGAGGUCCACUCUGUAGAUGCACCGACAAAUCCAGAAGUGGAAUUUAUUAUACAGGUGAAGAAAUCUGCCAAAAACAAAGAUGCAGCUAAGAAUAAUGCUGUAAACAAUAAAUCAAAAACAUCAUCAAUUCCAACAAGCAGUUCGUCGAGUAGCGGUACCAGCUCUGAAGACAGCAUUGAAGAUGAAAGUAGUGACGAUGAUGCAACAAGCACUGCUGGCACAGAAACAACAGAGACCACAUUAGUGAAUGACAAUGAGCUGCAGGAUCAGAUAGAAAGUCUGAAGCAGGAACUUGAGACGACACGAAGUAGAUGUGAAAGAUUAGAACGUGAAAAAAGUGAUUUGUUGCUUCGGAGAAUAGCUUCUAUAGACAUGGCUCCAAGUAAAACUGCAGCUUCAGAGGUCCUUAAGUUGCAGCAAAAGGUGAAUGAACUACAGACACAACUGGAAGAUGUGAAAGAUGACAAGAAAAGUUUGUCUUUAAGAGUUAAGGAAUUGGAAGAAGAAUUAGAAACUCGUCCAGACAAGAAUGCCACUCAGAGAGUUGUGGAUGACUUGCGAUCAAAACUCUUAGCGGCAGAGACUCUGUGUGAAGAGCUCAUGGAUGAAAAUGAAGACAUGAAAAAGGAGCUGAGAGAUCUUGAAGAAGAGAUUGAGGAGUUGCAAGACAAUUUCAGGGAAGAUCAGGCUGAUGAAUACACAUCUCUAAAGAAAGAACUUGAGCAGACAGCAAAAAACUGUCGGAUAUUGUCCUUCAAGUUACGCAAAGCAGAACGAAGAGCUGAGCAGAUGGAAGCCGAGAAGCUUGAAGCAGAGCGAAAAUGCAGGGAAUUGGCAGGUGGACAGAUGGGCCUUGAUAAAACUGAACAAAUCAAGCACAUGGAACAAGAACUUGCUGUUGCUAAUGAAGUGGCAAUCAGGCUGCAAAAAGAGCUAGAUGAAGCUCUACAAAAACUGAAGGCUCAGGAAGAAGUAAAGGAAGACAAGAAACCUACAAAGAAACCUCCCAUGCUUGGUUCAAUUGGAAAAACAUCAUCAGGGGAAAAACUUUCUCGAGAAUCUUUAACCAGAGGGGGUUCUCAAGAUGAUCCUGCACAGUUACUCCGAGAUCUCCAAGAUGCAAUGGAGAGAGAAGCAGACUUAAGAGAGCAACUUCGUUUUGCUGAGGAAGAGCUGCAGAGAAGAGGACGGUCAAAAAUGAUAUUACGAGAUAUCACAGAAGCACUUCCCUCGGAUGUGCACUCUGAAUUGUUGUCGAAGCUUUCUGGCCUGAGUCAUCAUGAAACACCUGUUCCCAAGGAAGUGCUCCAUUCAUCAUUUGGAUUGCAAUCCAGUGAAGAUCCACUACAAAUCAGUUCACUGGCUCGCCCAGUGGUCAUCCAGUCUGCAUUUAAAUCACAUACAGCAAUGCCUUCUCUGUCAAAAUCAGUUGAAAAAUCUGACAUGGGAACACAGACACUGAAUGUAAGCAACUGUACUACGAGGUCAGUUCAGGUAUCUCUUCCAGAAAUAGAGUAUCAAGUGUCAUCAACACAGACUUUGCACUUUGGGACAGUGAAUGAAGAGACGCAGACAUCUGCACAAAGAAAUUUUGAAGUUGAAACACAGACUGACUCAUCGUCUGUAAGUCAGUGUUCACAGACAGAUUAUAUACACAGUGCUGAAACAAGAGAAACUCAGUGUUAUGCAGUUCACUCUAUCUCAGACAUAAAAGAAGUGCAGACUGAUUUUACAGCCUACAUUGAUGCACCAUUGAAUGUGCAGGCCAUUAGUGAAAAUGAUGUGAGAUUCUUAGACAGUGUAGAAAACAUUUACACUGGAUCAUUUGUUGACAACAAAUCAAAUUCAGAUGAAUAUCUAGAUGCAGCAGAAACAUUGACAGAAAGUAGAACGCCAAUGAAUGACAGUGCAGGGGAAAAUGUAAAAGACACUACAUCUGUUGGUGUCCAGGUUAUACAUGAUGAAUUUGUUGAUGAAACAAGCAGAGCACCUGCACUUCGUCAAAAUGUUAUUGCUAUGCGACAGAUGCAGUUUUCCCUGUCUACAAUGUAUCCACAUGGAGCACUUCUGUCAUCUUGUUCACCCAUGUCAGUGCUGAUGGCACCUUUAGGUCACCGAAACAGUCCAGGUCCUGCUCGAUUGACACCAGAGCCUCCAAUAGAAAAAGAUGAGGGUAUAUCAGAUGAAGAGGACCCAGCAGAGCUGCGGUUGCUACUUGAACUCAAUGAGCAGGAAGCUGCUGUUUUACGGAGAAAGGUUGAGGAACUUGAGAAAGAAGGAGAAACAUUAAAGAAGAAAGUUAAAGACCUACAGGACAAAUUAUCAGCCAAAACAACACGUAAAAGUGCAGCUGCCAUUACAACACCAGAACCUGCUAAGGGAAGUGAUGUUCUGUACGAACAGAAAAUUAAGGUGCUUGAAGAUGAAUUGUCAGAGCUCCGAAAGAAACUGAUAGAAAAGGAGAGAGACUGUGAGAGACUUCAUGCUGAAUUAACAGUAACACAGAAACGAUUCUCCAAAGGAGCCAUACAAAAGAGCAAGUCACUGGACAGCAGUACAGAUCAACAAACACUUGACCUGAAACGUCAGCUUCAGGUAAUUGAACAGGAGGCUGCAAUUCUGAGAACACGAACACAAGCCCUAGAAACUGAAAAUGAAAAGCUUACAGCUGAAAACAAGAAAUUGCAGCUUGUCAGAGCUACUAAGAAAACUAUAAAUAGUAUUGCCACUGAUGAAACGUCUGAUAGAGCAGUAGAAUUAAAGGAAAGAAUAGCAGAUUUGGAAAGGCAACUUGAAGAAGCAAACAAAAAGGUUAAAGAACUCCAAACAAAGAUUGAUGAGCAAGAAGAUGAGAAAAAGACCACUGAACCAAAAAAGAAAACUGUUAGUCCAGAAGUUUCAAAACUCAGGAAAGAGGUGAAGGCAAAGACUGAAGAACUGGAGAAGUUAAAGACUAAUUUUACAAAGACUGAAAGCGAAAAUGAAAAAUUAAACCAGGAACUAAAACGGUUGAAAGAUGAAGCUUUACAAGAUGUGCUGAAGUACUACAAGCAACGUUCUCCAAAGAAACCCACUGAUCUGACAACUAAAGUACAGAUGAAGAAAAUGGUUGAGGAUCUAGAGAAUGAAAUUGGAGACAUCUUGGUAAUUUUGAACAAAUCAGAAACAGAAAAUCUGAGACUGAAAGGUGGGCUGAAGGCAUCUGCUAGUGUUGAAGAUGAUAAACUACUGAAAGAAGCUAAAGAUAAACUGGAGAAAGAUCUGGAAAAGGCGACUACCAGAGUAGAUGAACUUGAGAGGGAACUUAAAGAAGAGAAAGAUAAAGCUGAGAAAGACAGAAAGAAAGCAGUCAAGGACAAGAAAGUACUUGAGGAAGGUAAGAAGAAAUCUGAUGAGGAGAAGCAAAAACUGGAAGCAGAAAAGAAGUUGUGGGAAUCAGAUAAGAAAAAGCAUGAGGAAACUGUUAGAAAACUGGAAGAUGAAAAGAGGAGAGCUACUGAAGAAGCAGAGAAACUGUUCAAGGAGAAACAGAUUCUUGAAGAUCAAGUGAUUACAUUAAAUGCUGAAAAGGCUGCAGCUACUGUGAAACAGGAUGAAAUUACAUUAUUUGUGAAAAGAAUAGAAGCACUGAAAACAGAGUUGGAAGAAGAGAAAAAACAAGGUGUUGAGCAGAGGAAGAAGCUUGAAUCCCUUCAGAAGAUGGAACAGGAGAAAAAUAGAUUGCAAAAGGAGGUCACAGAAAAUAGUACAAAAAUGGCAGAACUGGAAAAGAAAGCAAAGGAAACUGAAGAAAAGUUGAAGAGGACAGAAAGAAUACUUUCAACAAAUAAAAACAAAGUUUCUAAACUGGAGAAGGAGCUAGAGGAAGAGAAGGAACGUGCAAGAGCAGCUGAGGUGACUCAGCAAGGUGUGGCAGCCAGUUGGCUAGCUGAAAGAGAUGGACUUAAGCAGCAGAUUGCAACACUUCAGUCGCAGAUAGAUUCCUUGGAAGCAACACUUGGUGGGAAGACAGUGCUUAUUGAACAGCUGGAAAAGACCCUUAAAGAAGAGAGAGAAUCUGUUUCUGAUGCCACUGAAAAGGCUCGUUCAGCUGAAAGGAAUGAAAUUUCUACACUGCAGGACAAACUGUCAUCUAGCAAAGGGGAAAUUGAGGAACUGACAAAGAAGCUAGAGAAGGCUGAAAAGAAUCUUAAAGCAAAUGAAGAGAAGAACAAAAAAUUAGAAGCUGAAUUAAAAACGCAGCGAAGUGAAUUAGAAACAAAAGUGUCAGGAAUUGAAGCUAACCUGCAGGCAGAGAAGAAGAAGUGUGAAAGACUCAAAGCCAACCAAGAGAAAGAACUGAAGAAUAGGGAGCAAGAGUUAACCAGUCUUCGAACAAAACUGAAAACACUAGAGAGUAAUAGUGGAGCAAGUACAAAGAAGUUAACAGAAGUGAAGCAGGAGUACCAGGAGAAAAUAGACAAACUUGAAGAGGAAUUAGCAAAUGAAAAACAGGAGUAUGAAGAUCUUACUACAAAAUAUGAAAUGCUUGAAGAAGAACACGUUGUCACAAAAGCUCAGCUGGUCAUGGAAAAAGAGACACUGCAGGGUCAACUCCUGUCCCUAAAGAGGGAAUUGGCUAGUGCAGAGUCAGAACUUCGUACUCUGAGAGAAACAUACAACUCUAAGCAAGAUGCUUGGAUUAAAGAAAAACUGGACCAACAGGAGAAACUAAAGGAACUGGAGGCAAAAACAGCGAGAAAUGCUGAUGAGGCUUGGGCACAAGAGAAAGCAAGGCUGAAAACUAUUGUUGAGGAGAAGAACAAGGAAAUAGAAAGUGUGAAGAAAGAAAAGCGUGUUUUCAGUGAUCAGGCUGAUCAUUUCCGCAAAGAGAAUGAAGAACUUCGACGAAAGCUGGAUGACUUUGAGAAAGUGGCCAAGGUACAACGAAAUAUAUCUGGAGAAACAACAGUAAUGGAAAAAGAGAUUCGUGAAAUGAAAAAUAAAUUGUAUCAAGAAGAAAAGUCACAUAAAGCAGAAGUAGCUCAGCUAAAACUACGUUACGAUAAUCAGAUGGCACUGAUUGGAGAGGAAAUACAGUCUUUACAGGCACAGGUUACCAGAUUCAAGAGAGAACGUGACAAUUACAGGCAUAUGCUAGAUGCUGCUCAAAAGACAAUUGCAGACCUGAAAGCAAUGCCACAGAAAAGUAGAAAGGACAGUAAAUCUGCAGAUGGUGAUGUGGAUGAAGAUGAAGAAAUGCGGAAUAAAAUAGCAUCUUUGGAGCAACAAGUCAGCUGCAUGGAAGAUGAACUGUCGGAAGCAAGACUUGAGAGUUCCAAGCUGAAAACUGAGCUAGUCUCAGAACGGUCUUCAUGGGAAAUCAAACUGGCAGAAAUGCAGUCAAGAGUUAAUGAGUUAGAAGAAGACAGGAUAUUGAGCACUGGUCGAACAAAGAUAGCAGGAAUGCGAACUCGCAUGGAGUUAGCAUGGCAGAAGGAGAGAGAAGAGCAACACAGGCUUCUGCAAGAAACAUCAACACUUGCUCGUGAUUUGCGCCAAACAUUGUUUGAAGUUGAAAGAGAAAGGGAUAAAGAACGUCUUGAAGCAAAGAGACGUCUAGACCAGUUGAAGAAGUCAACAGAAGAAGAACAGGAGGAAAAUAAAAAGAAAGUUUCUGAGUUACAAUGUGACCUACUUGAGCUAAGAGAUGCUCAUGCAAAGUUAAGAACCACAAAUGAAAAACUUCGUAGAGAGAAAGAAAGAUAUGAAAAAGAGAGGGAAGAAAUGCGACAAGUGAUUUCAGCACGGAAGAGAGCAGAUCAAGAUGAGGAACGUAAAGUGAAUAUGAUCAUCCAACAGGUUGAUGAGCUGAUGAGGUUAGCACCUGAUCUUUUCUCUGGUAAAGAAAAAGCAGCUACUACAGCAGCGUCAACAGCACAAUCUCCAUCAACUCCCACCCCGCCAAGAAGACUUAAGGGUCCAAAGUCACGUGAGUCAUCACCGUCACUGGAGAGAAAAGAAUUUGUCAAAGAAUCCUCUGUGGAUAGGAAAAUACAGUUGCAAACAACUAUGCAGAAAUUAACUGAAGUAACUGAAGAACUGCGAAAACAACAAAAACUCACUGAAGAAGAAAGAGAUCGUGACCGUGCUAGAAGAGCUAUGGGGAUGAGAAGAGCUGCCUCAACAGAGUCUGAUAAUCCUCCAGAAGUUCGCAUGCGCCCAAAGACAGGGAACAGUAAAGGAAUUCAGCAGAAAGGGAGCUUAUACAGAAAGAGCCUUUCUCUGGAACAGACAUCAGCACAAGAGCAGCAGUCAAUCUGGACAGAUACAGAGAACGAAGGCAGCCUAUCAAGCUUACAGUCUGUAGGAUCAGACACAUUUUAUCCACUUAAGAGAAGAGAAACCAGCAUGGACAGUCGUCUUUCUGGUGGCUCAACACAAAGUGAAACUCCACAUUCCACAGAAAAGAAAAAGAAGAAGAGUUUAUUGGGGAAACUAAAGAAACUUACAAAGUCUCGAAGCACCGAAGAGACCAAUACUGCAUCGGAUUAUCCUAUGUCGGCCAGUGCUCAGGGUUCUGAUUUUGGCGGAUCUGGUUCUGAUAUUAGUACAGGAGGGCAAGAAGAUCGGGGAAGCAAAAAGGAUAUGAGAGAUCGGCUCACUGGCAUGUUCAAGAAGUCAGGAUCAAGGAGUAAUAGCUUGGAACGAAGUACCAGAGGUAUCAAGGAUCAGAGUCCAGCACUUUCCGAUCGCUCUGAAUCAGUUGCAAAGAAAAGUGGUACCUUGCCACGCCCUUCUCCAUCUAGAAGUGAUGUUGGCCCCACAUCAAGUAUGGCAAGACCUCUGUCACCUGGAGUCAAGAGACCUACUACUCCAACCAUUCCAUCAAAUACUACAAAACUACAUAGACCUAAAUAGUACUGUUGGAUGGAAAGCAAGAAACAGCAAACAAAGCAGUGCCUGAAAACUUUCAGGGAACAUUAUAGUGUAAAAUGUGUGGCAAUACAGCUGUUAAUUAAGCUGUUUAAAACUAGUUUCCAUCUUGCCAAGGAAAAAAAAAACAUCAAGUUUCACCUGACAAGGGAGACAGUAAGGGUAGCUGGGCAUUUCAAGUCAUGCUACAAGCACUUUGAUUGCUGGUGUAACAUUUUCUCCAUCACAACAUACAGAAUUAUGCCAUAAAUACAACAAUACGAAAAAACCCACAUUGUGUCUGGAUGGAACCCAGCACAAUGAUACUAGACUUCAGUGCACAAGAAUUCAUUUUCAAGCAGCUUUGCCACUUCAUGAAAGUGGCAUAAGCAGUAAACAACUUUGGAACUUUGGUCAUGUUUUACAAGGUUCUGGUUUUGAGAUACUGCUGACAGGGCCAGUAACUUUGUUCUUUCAGAGUCAGGGAAAUAUUCAAAAUAAAAAUUUCACUGUAAAAUUUCAGAUGGAUAUUAUAACAAGUAAAUGGGUGACACGGGUCCAGAGGGGCAAAGAAAGCCACAUGGGAUACCUUAACAUACAUCUUUUCCCCAAAAUGACACUAAGUGUGUUGUGAUGCAUUGAAUUCUCUUGUACAAGAGCCCCAUAUUUUACCUCGUUGCCAUUCCGUAUUUAGUAGAAUAUUAAUUUCCAUUUUCCUUCACGUUAAUUCUUCAUUCCAGAUAUUAAUUUGAGGUACUGAAAUUAUUUCAAAGUUUCAUAUGCAAAACACAAUACUUGUUUGGAGUUUUUUUUUAAAGCAUGACACUUAACAAUAAAGAUUAAGUAUUAGCAUUAAACAGGUAUUCAGGACAUUAGUACUAGAAAUAAAUUGGUUGGUAUUAUACAUUACUUCAAAUUACAAAGAUCGGUAAGUGAUCUUUUGUCAUUCCUGACAUGUUAUCAAGAGUAAAAAUCAUAAGAAAAAUGUUGAGCAGGCUAUAUAAAAAUGGUGUGAUUAAAUAAUAAACAUGGAGUUUACUGUUUUGGAAACAGAGAAUAGUAAGACAACAUGAUUUGUCAUGCAACUGGUGCAAGAAACAUAGUGCAACAAAUGUACAUGAUCAUUGUUUAAAGCAAGAUAGUAAUGUAAUAGAAAACUAUAAAAACAUGGUGUAGCUUACACUUGUUGUUCUUGUGUAAUAUGCAUGAAACAUUGGGGGCUAGUUUUCUAGCUGUUCUCUCUAAAUGUUGUUGGUUUCCAGUGCAUAUUCAUACAUUGUUAACCAUUGUGAUCCAAUAUCUGCUCAAGUAAAUUAAAUAGAGAACUUGCCUUACCUAUGUGUUGCAAUAUGCAAUUGUGACAAUACCCGUUUGGGGACAGAGUUAAAUAACUACAAGUAAAUUUCUUACUGGAGAAUGUCUAAUUUGUAUUAAUAUUCUCCAUGGCAUGUUUUAAACAUUCAUCUUAUAUAAGAUGUGUGAGAUUGAUGUACAAAUUUGUAAGAGUGAUGAUAUUUCUGAAGCAAAUGUGAGUAAAUAGAGAAUUUGUAAGUUUUUGUAUAAA